GCUACCCCCUUCUCUCUCUUGUCUUUUCUAUAAAUCAGAGACGACCUCUUCGUUGCUAACCUUCUUUCAUUCUCCUCAAAUAGCUCUAACUUCUGUUUGAUCACUUUCACCGUUUAACGGUCCUUCUCCUCUUUUUUUCGUUUUUUCUUUUUCUUUUUUUUUUUCGAUUUUUGUGGAGUGUUCUCGUUCGCGAGUGGAGCUGUACAGUUAAGGCUUUUGUUGGUAGAGAUCAAAGAGAGAUGAAUCAUUGUGCGAUCCAACGGAACGCCUGUGCAAUCCGCGAGGACUACCGGGGCUCCGUGGCAUCCGUUGUGUGUCCUAAACCGCGUCGUCUAGGUCUUCUAAACGGGAGUGGUACCGACCACCAUCCUGUCAGGUCCCUCAGAUGGCAGCUCAGCCAUCAAGUGGAGCUUUGCGAUUCCACAUCAGGAAAUGAUGUUUUGGAUGUCAUCCUUACAAAGGGUGGCUAUGAUGUGGAACUGCCUUCACCAACACAAGUAGUCUUGUCGCCCCCAUAUUUUUGUGGGUCUCCGCCAAGCAGAGUAGCUAACCCAUUAAUACAAGAUGCUCGAUUUGGGGAUGAAAAGAUCAUCCCAUUCUCUCCGUUGUCACCGAUUGCACCUCCAUCCGGACAGUCUUCUCCAUCAUCUGCAAGGAAUGGAGGCUGCAUUCGGGCAAAUUUUGGAAGCAAGCCAGUGGUGAGAAUCGAGGGGUUUGAUUGCCUGGACAGGGAUAGGCGAAAUUGCAGUAUCCCUGCACUUGCUUAGAAACCUAAUUCUAUCAGGCAAGUAUAUAGUGAACAAGGAGCUGAGUCACUUGAAGUCACAUAGCAGUACCACUAGAGGAGUUUUGACAUUCUCAAUAGAGGAAAACAAGGGAGAGAUCCAUUGAUGUUGUAAAUAUGUUUGAAGGGUUCUCUGUGUCGUAAAUCAUGUGUAAGUAAAUGAAAUGUUCUUCAAAAUAAAGAUGAGUUUGUAGGUUUUAUGAAGUAGUAGGUGGUAUAUAAAGAGGGGAUUGGUUUGGGUUCUGCUGAAACAUCUAUCUCAAUCCAUCCCAUCCCAUAUUGUAAAGAAGUAUCAAGGGAGGAUGGUAGUCUUUUUUGGUUUUGUUUCUCUUUUGUAACUUGUAAGGCCUUGAAAUUUCGAAAGCGGCUUCUCUUCAAAAUUUGUACAAAAGCCAAGUUGCUGUUGAAGUAGUGAUUUCUAAUGUAAAUAAACAUUUUCUGUGUUUAGUUUUUACUGUUA